AUGCCAAGAGCCUCGCACAUCCCUCAGCGGCCCUCCGUGUGGACGACCGGCGCUUUCCCUCUUGGGCUGUUCCUGCUGAGCUGCUUGAAGGCCGGCGCCCCCAGCUUUGCCCCCUCGGGGGGCAAGGCAGGUCGCCAUGGGAACAUCGAGCCCAAGAGUCGGUUGCGAGCGGCCGGCGCCGGGCAGCGGGCGCAGCCAGAGGAGAGGGUGGCGCCGCUAAGUCCAGCAGAGGGGAUUCUGUGCAACCAGCUGGCUGAAUACGCCCAGGCGAGUAACUGGAGUGCCGUGGAGGCCGCCUUCAGUGGCUACAGCGGAACUGCACGUGCCGUUUUCAGCAAAGUUAUUAGCGCCGCCUUUCGGUGCGGCCAGUAUGAACGCGGCAUCGAGGUGUACCAGAAGUUUCACGAACUCGGUGUACCAAAAACUAUAUACAUCUAUGCCCAUGCCAUACGCCUCUUCGCAAAGACAGGAAAUUCUGCACUUGUUGAGAAGACCUGGGCGGAGGCACUGGACACGAAGGGUGUGGGCCACUUGCUUGCAAGCUCACGCCUGUAUGCAGCUGCAGAAGAUGGGGACAUGGUGACUGCAGCAGCCGUAUUGGAUAGAAUGGUGAGAGCGGCCCUGCAGCCAGAUUUGCGGCAUUUCGCCCCUGCCGUGCGUGCCUGCAGCAACGCCGAUGAUGAUUCUAACUACAAGGUGGCGAGUUAUUUCAUGGACAAGCUUGGAGAAGGGCGUAUUGCUCCAGAUGCGCUUCUCUUCUCCACCCUGAUCAAAUCGUACCGCCGAGCUGAUCUCGAAUACGUCACCUCUGCCUACAAGAAGAUGAAAGACUUCGGCAUACAGCCUGACCGAAGUGUUGCAGAGGCCUAUUUGACCACGUUGCUACAACUCUCACCGGGCAUGGUGAAAGAUCGGAUGGAUGUGUACUUGAAGCAGGUGAGUCAGGAUCGCCUACUGGCCUGCCGAGAAGCCCUGGAAGACUUGGGAGAAGCCGAGGUGGAGUUGUCGAGCUUCUGCCGUGUGGUGAAGUCCGCGCUUGGUGCAAUCCUCGAAGAGUAG